AGCCGCGAUGAGGGUCCCUGAGAAGUACUCGACGCUCCCGGCCGAGGACCGCAGCGUGCACAUCAUCAACAUCUGCGCCAUCGAGGACAUCGGCUACCUGCCGUCCGAGGGCACGUUGCUAAAUUCUUUGUCGGUGGAUCCCGAUGCCCAGUGCAAGUAUGGUCUCUACUUCCGGGAUGGUAAACGGAAGGUGGACUACAUCCUGGUGUACCACCACAAGCGGCCAUCGGGCAGCAAGACUCUGGCCAGAAGGGUUCUCCACAGUGACGUCACCCAGACUGCUCGAAGCGUCAAGCAGGACCAGCCCCUGCCAGGAAAGGGGACUCUGGUAGAGGCUGGAGGGCCUGAGCCCCCCAUGGACUACCAUGAGGAUGACAAGAGUUUCCGCAGGGAGGAGUACGAGGGGAACCUCCUGGAAGCUGGCCUGGAACUGGAACACGAUGAGGACACCAAAAUUCACGGAAUUGGAUUUGUGAAAAUUCAUGCCCCUUGGAACGUCCUGUGCAGAGAAGCUGAGUUCUUAAAGCUCAAGAUGCCUACAAAAAAGAUGUACCACAUCAACGAGACCCGCGGCCUCCUGAAAAAGAUUAAUUCAGUGUUCCAGAAAAUCACAGACCCCAUCCAGCCCCGAGUGGCUGAGCACCGUCCCCAGGCCAGCAAAAGACUCUCGUACCCCUUCUCCCGCGAGAAACAGCACCUAUUUGACCUGUCUGACAAGGAUUCCUUUUUCGACAGCAAAACUCGGAGCACAAUAGUCUAUGAGAUUUUGAAGAGGACAACGUGUACCAAAGCCAAGUACAGCAUGGGCAUCACAAGCUUGCUUGCCAACAGCGUUUACUCCGCCGCGUACCCGCUGCACGACGGAGACUAUGAGGGGGACAGCGUGGAGUUUAAUGACAGAAAACUCCUGUAUGAAGAGUGGGCAAGUUAUGGCGUCUUCUAUAAGUACCAGCCCAUUGACCUUGUCAGGAAGUACUUCGGGGAGAAGAUCGGCCUGUACUUCGCCUGGCUGGGCGUAUACACCCAGAUGCUUAUCCCUGCCUCGGUCGUUGGCAUCAUUGUCUUCCUUUAUGGCUGUGCUACCGUUGAUGAGAACAUCCCCAGCAUGGAGAUGUGCGACCAGAGAUACAAUAUCACCAUGUGUCCCUUAUGCGAUAAGACCUGCAGCUACUGGAAGAUGAGCUCAGCCUGCCCCACCGCCCGGGCCAGCCACCUCUUCGACAAUCCGGCCACCGUCUUCUUCUCCGUCUUCAUGGCCCUCUGGGCUGCCACCUUCAUGGAACACUGGAAACGGAAACAGAUGAGGCUCAACUAUCGCUGGGACCUCACAGGCUUCGAGGAGGAGGAGGAGGCAGUCAAGGAUCAUCCCAGAGCUGAAUAUGAAGCCCGAGUUUUGGAGAAGUCACUAAGAAAAGAGUCCCAAAACAAAGAGAAGUUGCGCCAUACUCCGGAGGAGCCACCAAACAAAUGGAAGCAGAGGGUUAAGACCGCCAUGGCAGGGGCGAAAUUGACAGACAAGGUGAAGCUGACCUGGAAAGAUCGAUUCCCAGCCUACUUCACCAACUUGGUCUCCAUUCUCUUCAUGAUUGCAGUGACCUUCGCCAUUGUCCUUGGGGUCAUCAUCUACCGCAUCUCCAUGGCCGCCGCCUUGGCCAUGAACUCCUCUCCCUCUGUCCGGUCCAACAUCCGUGUCACCGUCACGGCUACUGCAGUCAUCAUCAACCUGGUGGUCAUCAUCCUUCUGGACGAGGUGUAUGGCUGUAUAGCCCGGUGGCUCACAAAAAUUGAGGUUCCAAAGACAGAGAAGAGCUUCGAGGAGAGGCUGAUCUUCAAGGCAUUUCUGCUCAAGUUUGUCAACUCCUAUACCCCCAUCUUCUACGUGGCUUUCUUCAAAGGCAGGUUCGUCGGCCGCCCCGGAGACUACGUGUACAUCUUCCACUCUUUCCGGAUGGAGGAGUGCGCGCCCGGCGGCUGUCUGAUGGAACUCUGCAUCCAGCUCAGCAUCAUCAUGCUCGGCAAGCAGCUGAUCCAGAACAACCUAUUCGAGAUUGGGAUCCCGAAAAUGAAGAAGUUCAUUCGCUACCUGAAGCUGAAGCGACGCAGCCCCUCAGACCACGAGGAGUACGUGAAGAGGAAACAGAGGUACGAGGUGGACUACACCCUGGAACCCUUCGCCGGUCUCACCCCGGAGUACAUGGAAAUGAUCAUCCAGUUUGGAUUUGUUACCUUGUUCGUGGCGUCCUUCCCUCUGGCCCCGCUGUUUGCGCUGCUGAACAACAUCAUUGAGAUCCGCCUAGAUGCCAAGAAGUUUGUCACCGAGCUCCGCAGACCCGUAGCCGUCAGAGCCAAAGACAUUGGAAUCUGGUACAAUAUUCUCAGAGGUAUUGGCAAGCUGGCGGUCAUCAUUAACGCCUUUGUGAUCUCCUUCACGUCCGACUUCAUCCCGCGCCUGGUCUACCUCUACAUGUACAGCAAGAAUGGGACUAUGCAUGGCUUCAUCAACCACACGCUCUCCUCCUUCAACGUCAGUGAUUUCCAGAAUGGUACAGCCCCCAAUGACCCCCUGGAACUGGGCUACGAGGUGCAGAUCUGCAGGUACAAAGAUUACCGAGAACCCCCGUGGUCCAACCACAAGUACGACAUCUCCAAGGACUUCUGGGCAGUGCUUGCGGCCAGGCUGGCCUUCGUCAUCGUCUUUCAGAACCUGGUGAUGUUCAUGAGCGACUUCGUGGACUGGGUCAUCCCGGACAUCCCUAAGGACAUCAGCCUGCAAAUCCACAAGGAGAAGGUGCUCAUGGUAGAGUUGUUUAUGAGAGAAGAACAGGACAAGCAGCAACUGCUGGACACGUGGAUGGAGAAGGACCGCAAGAGGGAGGAGCUGUGUAAUAACCACACCCCCAAAGCCAGCCCGGACAGCCCUGCCUACCACGGGGGCGCCCUGUAGCUGCCGGCCAGCGGCCAGGCCAGCCGGGCACCCU